AUGGCCGAUAAGCAAACCCACUUGAACGGUGCAUACUACGGUCCCGCCAUUCCACCACCGGCGGAGCAACACCGCCACGGCCACCACCACCACCACCACGGCAGAAGCUGUUGUUGCUGCCUCUUGGGCAUCUUCUGGAAGCUUCUCAUUGCAUUUGUUGUCCUUGUUGGCCUUGUAAUCCUCAUAUUCUUUCUCGUGGUUCAACCCCGCGCUUUCAAGUUCUCUGUCACUGAAGCCCAACUAACCCAAUUUGACUACACCAACAACAACAACAACAACCUACGCUAUAACAUGGUGCUCAACUUCACCGUUCGCAACCCCAACAAAAAGUUGAGCAUAUACUAUGACAAAGUGGAGGCAUUGGCAUUCUACGAGGGAUCAAGGUUCGCCAGUUCUGACGUCAUCACGAACAUGAACUCCUUCCGACAGUACAAGAAGAGCACAGACACAAUGAGCGGCGUUUUCUCAGGGCAACAACUGCUUCUGCUCGACAAUGAUCAGGUCUCAGAUUUCAACAAAGACAAGAGUGUUGGGGUUUAUGACAUUCAUGUGAAGCUCUAUUUCAGGAUUAGGUUCAGGCUCGGAGACUCCAUUACCCGAACCAUUAAGCCCAAGGUCAAAUGUGACCUCAAAGUUCCCUUGAGUUCUAACACAACCUUCACUUUCUUUGAGACCACCAAUUGUGAUGUUGAUUUCUAG